AUGUCAGCGAGCGGUCCGAGACGCCCGGUGGUCUUCGACUUCUACGACCACGACAUCGCCGACCUCGUGUACAAGCCCGGCACGCACCUGUUCUUCGCUCCCGUCGUCAUCAACUGGCACGGCCUCCCCCGCAUCGAAGUGCCCAGCCCGCGAGUGUACAUCUACUACGGCCCAGUGACGAUCAACUACCUCGGUCGGGGCACCCACGGCGCCAGCCUGUGCGGCCACCACAUCUACCACGGCCAGGUCGCGAUGAACUCGACCUUCGCGGCCUGGGACGGCGCGAGCAACUGCGGCCUGAGCGCCUUCCACGGCCCGAUCUUCUUCAACAUGCUCCCCGACGGCGCCGCGCCUCCGCAGCCGAUCCCGGCAGCCGCGCCCAUGAUGGGAGGCGGCGUGCCGCUGGCGGCCGCCGCCGCGUUCCAGCCCAUGUGGAACGGAGGAAUGGCAGGGGCUGGACUAGCUGCGGAGCCGCCACAGCCCGCGAUGCCGCCACAGCCUGCGGUGCCGCCACAACCUGCGGUGACGCCACAGCCUGCGGUGCGCCCCGGCCAGCCGGCGGCAAGCUCACCAGCCGGGAUACCUGUCGCGGCGUCGAGUGCGGGCGAGCCUGGUGGCCCGAACGGGUGGUAUUACCCGGCAACAAAUCGGAACUGA